AUGGAGGUUUGCUGUUCAUUCAAGUCAUUAGUAGGAGGAAUCUGUGGUUCUGACAGUCGAGAUAGAAAACACGAAGUGCAAGUUGUUCCUCUGACAUCAUGUACAAAAGAUAUUGCGAACCAUCUAGCAUCCUUCUCUUUUUUUGGUCCACAAAACGAGAUAGACCUGAUAUUGUGUCGAGCGGCAAUUUUUAAAAUGCCAAACUCUUUUGACAACAUGACAAUAUGUCCACAGCAUCGUGCAAAACUUGGAUUGGGAUGGACAAGGGGAUCAACUAGAUGUAGAAUACCAGCUGCGUUAUCUAACCACGGGAAAGGAAGUAGAAAAAUAUGGCCAAAGGGAGACAGGGGACUUGGGAAACAAGAUUCUGAAACACUACUACAAAAGACUGGUGUGUUUAUUCAAGCUGGUUCCGGUAAUUGUUUGUAUUAUUAUUGUUUGUAUUAGUUGGGUGCGUCAGUUCAUUCAUUUCAUGUGCAUAUGUUUUGUUUACUUUACUUUACUAGGAAUAUGCAGGACAUGCCGAGAUAAAAUGAAGACGAUUAGACCAACUAUUCCCACCACAGCACUUGCGAAGUUGGAAGCACAACUAAAGACAGCAACAUUACAGGUAGUAUAUAGGUUAUGGUGUUAAAACCUAAUGAGGUUUUUCCUUCGCCAUGGAAAGCAAAUUAAAUCAAACACUGUGGCACAUUGCCAAUUAAAGGGUUGAAAGGAAUGCAGCAUUGGCAGACUGCUUGGUUAGCCCAUUGAGGGACACUCACUAGCCUCUCCCCUGGAAGAGUAAAUUGUCUGGUGAUAGAGAGAAUAAAAUAAUAUUAGAUGUAGGGCAUAUCAGGGGGCAUGGUCACUUACAUGAUUAAAAUUAAUUUGUAGGAUGACUCUCCUGAAAAUCCAUUCAAAGCCCUGCAGCAUCAACAUAUCCCAGUUACCCCAAUGAGCACUGUGCCGUCAACGCUAUUUUCACCUUCUGCUAUAUCCCAAGCCUUCGACCUGUCAAUGACCAGCGAAUAUGAUGAGAAACCAUCUACAUCUACUCCAAAGGGUAAGCUAAACUGCUCUCUUGCUGCAAGAGAUGUAAGUCCAAUUCGAACCUCAAUGAUGACACCAUGGGAAGAAGCUGCAGGACGAACCAAGAGGCACUAUUUACGGAAAGCCAGACAGGUUGUCUUCGCUACCCUUGAAGAAAUUGCACCCAAUAAUUCUGAGAUGCUGUUCAGAGCAAUAAAAGAAAGGCAACUAGAUGAAAAUGAUGACACGGAUUGCAUGCUGUUAGAAGCUUUAACAGCAUGCUACGAGAAUGCCAGCCAUUGGAGCAGUCGCAGACAAAUUCUCUCCAUCUUUGCCGAUAAGGUCAGCUUCAAAACUGUUCAACAAUGAAUUCCAGAUAUAACUCGCUAUCGAUAUAGCAUUGCAAGACACCACCUGUUGCUACAUGGCAGAGGCGCUGACAUUUCUCCCCAGAAACACGUCAGAAUUAAAGUACCUCCAGAGAAGCUCGACCACUUUUUGGCUUUCAUUACCAGUGCAAGGGUAAUACAAGAUUUGCCCUUUGGGGAGAAAACCUUAAAGCUCUCUACCACUGAAAUAAAGAUCCCAAACGUCAUAAGAAACUCCAUACCAGAACAGAUAAUUCAGCAGUAUCAGAGCUACUGUGCGGAGACCGGAUUUAGUUCCCCUUUGAGCAGUAGUAGCCUUUGCAGGAUACUAGACGUUUGUUCUGCAUCUACCCGCACCUCGCUUCAAGGCCUCGACUACUUCUCAGCAGAAGGUGGCAAAGCAUUUGAUGACAUGGUUACAGUCGUAGAUAAGCUAGGUGACGUCUAUGAACUUGGUCUGACAUGGUCCAAGGAGCAGAUUAGAAAGCUGAAACUGGCAAAGCGUUACUUUAAAAGUGAUUACAAGGUCAGUGACCUUUUAAAGAAUUUUUUAUUAGACGAAAUGCCUUGAGAAAAUGAUUACAUGUUUUGUUUCGUUCCUUUUCUUUUCUUUUCUUUCUCCCAAUCAAGUUAAUGAAAAAUGAACUUAGAUGUCCUUAACAAUGGGCGCCGCGUCCUAGCGCUUUCAUCAAAAUGCCGUAGUUUAUGUACGAUGAAUUGUUAUAGCUGAUACAUUAAUUAUGUGAUGUUUGUGUUUUUUUCAGAGGUUCAUGUGUCAUCAACUUCAAGGGUCCCUGAUCAUUGUAGACCUUAUGCCCUCAGUCUUGCUAACGAUUCCAAUUUUACCACCACGUGUAAUCAUCAGCACGAUCUAGUUUGUGAUAGGUGCAACCUGUUUCCUGCUGUUGUCCAAGAAUUAGAGUUACAGGUGGAAAAGGCUAGGAUUCCUCACGAAGACAAAGAAGAAAUGAAGUUUGUGGUGGCGCAGUCAAAGAAGAACAUAGAAGCCUGGAAAGCACACAUAUUACGCUUCAUCAAUCAAGAUGAGGCCCGCCUUGACAUCCUGAAAGCAGUAGAUGACAGCUCUGUAUUGGUGGUGCUAGAUUGGGCAAUGAAGUUCAUCCCAAGAAAGUACAGAGAGAGCCAGGCGGACUGGUUUGGUAAGAGAGGCCUCUCCUGGCACAUUAGUGUGGCAAUGAAAAAGCCUCCUGGAAAAACCUUGCAGACGCUGACUCUUGUCCACGUGUUUCAGAAAAGUAACCAAGACAGCCUGUAUGUGUUGGCCGUCAUCGAUGAU